AUGGACCAGUUGAAGGAUUUGCCUACUUGGGCUAUCAUUGGCAUCACUGGACUGACAGGAAUCACGAUAUGGAUCACCCGACUCUUUCUCCACACCUUCUUUUUUCACCCUCUGGCUCAUUUUCCAGGCCCUAAAUUUUCAGCUCUCAGCAAUUUUAAUUAUUCGUGGUCCUACAUGGGCGGCCGACAACCGUACGACAUUCUCAAACUGCACGAAAGAUACGGGCUACGGUCUCACCUCCUGAGGAUUAUUAUAGGUCCUGUCGUGCGUGUGGCGCCAAACGAACUUUCUUUCAACUCUGCACAGUCUUGGAAAGACAUAUACUCGCCUCGCAAAGAUCGAGCUAUAUUCGUCAAGAGUGACUUUUAUGAAGGUGGAAACUUUGCCGAUCAAGCCAGCUCCAUUGUGAGCGAGCGCGACCCAGAGAGACAUAGCUCGAUGCGCAAGUUCCUUGCCUCUGCAUUUUCAGAUCGAUCAUUGCGCGAGCAGGAAGGUAUUGUCUCGGAGGCCAUUGACAAAUUCAUAUCUCAGGUUGGUGAGCGAGGCAACUCGAAGGACGGGGUUGACAUGACUAUGUGGACCAAUCUCCUCACUUUUGAUAUUAUUGGUGAGCUAGCCUUUGGGGAGUCAUUUCAUGGUCUGGAAACGGGAAAUGUGCAUUCAUGGAUUACGGUUGUUACAGAAAGCAUGGGGCAAUCGGGCCUCUCCGACUUUUUGAAGCGGUUUCCGAUUUUUGGUCGCGUCUUUUUGAAAUUGAAUCCAAAAUGGCUCAACAGCCUCAUGGAUGGCGCGAUAAAGCACCAAACAUACACCAUAGACUUGGUCAAACGCCGAAUCCACCAGAAGACCAAUCGGAGAGACUUCAUAAGCUACCUUUUGGUAGAGCGCAACGCUUCCCAGAUAUCAGAUAUUCAGUUGGCCGCCCAUGCCUCGGACUUUGUCAUCGCAGGAAGCGAAACAACCGCAACCUGUUUAUCAACCAUCAUCUUCUAUAUCGGGCGCGAUCAGCGCAUCCGGGAAAAACUGCAACAGGAAAUCCGAUCCGCGUUCAGAAACGAUAAGGAUAUCAAUGGACACUCGACCUCCUCACUGAAAUACUUGCAUGCAGUCUGUCUAGAAGCAUUGCGUAUUUUCCCCCCCACUGGCACUAGGUUUGCCGCGGGUCGUGCCGGAAGCUGGAGGACAAUUGUUUCUACAAACCCAUUGGCAUCCAGCCUCGGUUCGGCAAAUUUCGAUGCCCCGUGGGAUUUCCGCCCGGAGCGUUGGCUAGGGUUGAGUGUAGAGGACGAACUGGAGGCCAGCCAGCCAUUCUCAAUGGGCUCACGUUCAUGUCUCAGGUCGAGGAUAGUCUUGUUCAUGUAUAUUGUCGGCAUUAAGCUAACAAUGAAUCGGUAG